CCAGUUGUUGGAUAUAAUUUCAUAACAUAUGGUUCAUUCGAUACGGAACGUUGCAGUGAAGGCUUACUUUACAUCGUUCAGAAACCGAAGGACUUCAAUACAAAGAGAUAUAAGAUAGGAAGAACAUUUAAUAUAACUCAAAGAUAUGACAGUAUAGUCAAUAGAGUUAAGGUUGCGUUUGUUAACGAUAUGAGAGCUGCUGAAACAGAACUACUUGAAAAGUUUGAGAAAUUGUAUGGUGCUCCCACGAGAGGUAAAGAAACGUUUGAAGUAGAUGAGAUCGACAAAGCUAUAAAAGUAUUUGACGAAGUUGCUGAAAAAUACAUGUAA